AGGAUGAAGACCAAAGCAGAGUUGGCAUUUUUAGCAAAGAAGGAAGAGAGGGAUCGGGAGAGAAUUAAGAAAAGAGCAAACUUUAACCACAAGGAGAAGGUGGAGAAGUUCAACAGCUACCUCAACUCCCUUAGCGAGCACUACGAUAUUCCUAAGGUUUCUUGGACCAAGUAGUUGAUAGUUGUUCCUGCCCAUGAUGAACAGUAUUCCUUGACAUCUGAUCAAGUUCUCUACGGAGGAGAAUCCAAAAAUUUUACUUGUUUCGCGUUAAUAUUACAGUUUCUGUCAAGUAAAAAAACGUAUUUUGACGAUUUUUUUGCAUUUUGAUAAAGACUAAAAUUGUUUUCACCAUAUUCGUUAAAAAAUGAAAGCCAGUCUUUUUGUAAACCUAUUUGUAAACUUUUCUGAUGGCGGUCUGGGGGAUGUUUCAUCGAAGGUUUUUUCAAAACAUGUUUUUAUUAGUAAAAACAAAAAAUCAUAUUAUUGUACUAGAUGUUAGAAACAAAUUAUAUUAAAUUUACUUUAUCCGAUCAUUAUUAUAAUCUUACUCUAAUCCGAAGGAUGAUUAUUCAUUUUUUGUAGUUCAUUUUAUAUUCCAAAAAAUGUGCGUUGAUUUAUUAUUUUUGUCUGUUUCUUGAGAAUCAUUCACGUUAAUAUUUAAGUAUUUGUAAAAAUCUAUAUUUCAGA